AUGAUAAUUUUGAUUUUCUUCCUCUUAAUAAUUUCCUUCUUUAUUAAUAUUAUUUUCUCUUCAAUUUUCUUCUUUUCUUCAAUAAAUUUAAUUUUUUCUAAUCCAACAACAUUUUUUGUUCCAUCUUUUAAUCAAAAUUUUGAUUGUGUUGAUUUAAUUUGCGAGACUAAUGAUUUUGGGAAGUUGGAUAUUUUUGAUGAUGAGUUGAAAUUAAUAGAAAUUAGUAAUGGAAAAGUAUUGGAAAAAUGUAGUAAAUGCAGUGAUUGUAAAAAUAGUGGAUAUAGUACUUGUAUGCUCCAUAUUGACGUUCGGAAAAUUAGAGAAAAUGUAACUUGUAAUUGUCUACAUAAUGGCCCUUUAAUACGAAAUAACGGUGCAAGAAGCGUUCCAAGCACUGAAGGGAGUAUUGGAAAUACACAAAAAUGCAAAAUUUUGGAUGGACGAAAUGGUGGUAUUAGAUAUAGUGAAAUAUUUGAACCUAAAUUGGAGCGGAAUAAGGCUUUCUACAGGCUUUGUUAUUCUUCUUCACUCCGUAAAUUGCCCGUUCCAAAAGCAACAAAUGAAGUAGAAGAAGGUUCACCAAUUCCGGCAGUUUUGGUAACUAUAGAAAGAUUUUGGAACGACAAAUAUUGGCAAAAAUUAAAACCUUAUGAUCUACAUUUAUUUUAUGUUUUUCCUGUUACUCAAAAGGAUUUUUGUGAAAAAGGAGAUAUUAUUAUACCUAAUACAGAAGAUUUAAUUUGGAUGAAUCAGGGGAAGGUAGUUUACGUUUGA